AUGUCUCGCCGAGUUCUCUUCCUAGUGCUAUCCAACAUCAGGACAACACGAGGAUACAGUACAGCAUCCAUACCGCCAUCCAUUCCUCGCAGUGUGUUUCCCGUCUACGAUUUAGCAUGCAGCCUGCUAGCAGAAAAGGAGAAGAGAGUCCAGCACGAGAUUAUCGCUCUCGAAGAACAGGCAUCAAAUGCUCAGGAUGCAUCCAUUAAAUCAUCAUUGGCUAAAGCUCUUCAUCUCAAACGUGUGGAAUUGGGCUACAUGAAGCAUCAUCAAGAACAACCUAUUGCUGAAGAACAAUACGAUAAUCCAACCUACGCAUACAUGCGUAGACAACAGUUUGAAAAAGUGGAUGUCCCCAAACUCGUCAAGAGUGCAUCUGCUUAUCGACUGUUUGAAGAUGUUUUUCCUGGUGAGAUCGUGCCGGAAGAUAGUCUUGAAAUCAAUUUCCAGAAUACGGAUUGGAGGACGUGCUGGGGACAUGGUAUUCCCUCCAACUUUGCAUUGCUAUCGCCAGAGGUCGUCAUCACCCCAAAGUCUGUGGAUGAGAAUGCUCUGUAUACCCUGAUGAUGGUUGAUAUAGGCAAGUUGCCCUUUAUAACAGAUCGCGAGAAUCUAGUGACUCAUAGCUAUCACGAUUGGUGCCAUUGGUUGAUCACAAACAUCCCAGUAUCAACCGAUCGUGUCGUAAUACCAGGUGGCUCGUCACCAUACCUAUCCCCCCUCGCAGAAUCAGCAAAGACAGUAGCAUCCCCGUCACCAAAACAAUACGAUCCAAUCCUGACCUUCCAACCAAAGCAGCCAGCAACUGAACCAUCAUUACCCGGCGACGUCAUCUUCCCGUAUGUGCCUAUACAUCCUGCUAGCUCCAAUCCAGGUCGUGAGCAUCGAUAUGUGUUUGUUUUGCUCAAGCAGCCAAAUGGUGAAAGGGUUAAUGUGGAUGUAGAAGUCUCACGUCGUAGAGCGCAUGAUCUGAGAGGGCGUGACUGGAAGAAGGAGCAUCUUUAUGAGAGGAUGGUUGAAGGGGAGGGAGAGAAGAAGAUAUCUGUUCGUGAAAGAGGCUGUCUAGGAAAAACAUGGGAAUUCAUCACACAACACAAUCUAUCACUAACAGGCUACGGCUUCCUCCGCUCCCGCUGGAGUACUCUAACAUCCCAAGUAUACACACGCUUGGGCCUCCACGAACCAGUCUUUGGCCGUCUACCACCCCAAAAAGAUGUCUCGCCCUUAAUCCUCGACCGUAUCCAAACCGCCACAUCCAUCGCAUCCAACAUUACAACAAACCCAGGAAUGCUAGACAUGCCAACCCUCAAACAAUUAAACAUGGGAUUAAUACAGCAUGUGCCCUUCCAGCGUCUUGCUACCCAAAACGACGAGACUGUCAAGUCUUUGCAGGUUGAAUAUGACGCUGCUGUUAAAAAGAGGGCUGCUAAAGAGGGAAAGACAAUGGUGCAAGCUAAAGCUGAACUAGAUGGGUGGAAAUCGAGCCGUAAGUUACGGAGGUUGAGUGUAAUUGGAGCUGCUGGGAUGGUGAGAGUUAGAGAGGGCAUUCAAGGGGCUAAUGCUGAACGGGAGAAACCAAGGCCCAGAUAUCAGGCCGUAUGA